AUGAAGGCAGCUGUGGUUCUGCUGGGCCUCGUCCUCCUGCUGGAGGCCACCUUUGCUGCAGAAGAGUCCUGUGCGGGUCGCUGCAACUCCUUCGACCCGCAGAGGAAAUGUCAGUGUGACUCCAUGUGUGUGUACUAUGGAAGCUGCUGCCCGGACUUUGAAAGCAUCUGCCCUAGAAAAACUGCACGUGGCGACACCUUCCAGGAAGCGGAUGAGGUAACGGAGGCAGCAAUGACCCCUAAUGACAUCACUACAACCCUCACACCAACUUUCAACACAGUUGCAGCAACCAGCCCUGCAUCUCCUCCACCCACCAACACACCAGGGCCCACAACGCCUGUUGACCCUGACGCAGCGCCCUGCAGUGGUCGACCUUUUGAUGCUUUCCUGCAGCUAAAGAAUGGGUCAAUCUAUGCGUUUAGAGGUGACUAUUUUUUCGAGUUGGAUGAAACGUCCAUACUUCCUGGUUACCCCAAACUCAUCCAGGAUGUGUGGGGUAUCACUGGACCCAUUGAUGCUGCAUUCACACGAAUCAACUGCCAGGGGAAAUCCUACAUCUUCAAGGGAAACCAGUAUUGGAGGUUUGAAGGUGAUGUCUUGGAUGAGGACUACCCGCGGGACAUUUCAGUCGGUUUUGAUGGCAUACCAGAAGGAGUUGAUGCCGCUUUUGCCAUACCAGCACCAAGUCACCGUGGCAAAGAGAAGGCCUACUUUUUCAAAGGGGACAAGUAUCACCAGUAUGAGUUCAAGCACCAGCCUUCCCAUGAAGAGUGUGUGCAGAUGAGCAGGUCCUCUCCGUCUGUGCUGUUCACACGAUACACCGACCUCUUCUGCGAUCAGACGUGGGAAGAGCUCUUCACUGAGCUCUUUGGAGGCUCCUACAGCAGCCACCAAACAGGCCCUCGUUUCACCAGUAGGGACUGGCAGGGCAUCAGGCCCCCUGUAGAUGCUGCCAUGGUGGGACGAGUCUAUCUCAGUCCCAAACCCACAUCUCUACCACCGGCGAGGAGGCGGACCAAUCGGAGGAGGAGGCCCAGCAAGAAACGUGCACAGCGAGGAAGGCAGACUCGACAUAUGCCGUUUGAUGAUUUGUGGAGUUAUGAUGAUUGGUUUGACUACUCCUACUACAGCGACAUCAUUGAUGAGAGCACCAAACAGGAGUACAAAAGUACCCCUGUUCAAAAUGUGUAUUUUUUCAAGAGAGAUAAAUACUACAGAGUGGAUCUCCAGACUAAACGUGUGGACCGUGCAAGCCCUCCUUAUCCACGAUCCAUUGCAAAAUACUGGCUGGGCUGCAAGCGCGAAGAGACACCUGAUGCAUCGAGGGCAGAAAAGAGAUAG